AUGGUCGAGAAAAUCUACGUCACGUAUAACGAGGUGCACAAGCUGUGCCAGGAAGCGGCACCGCAGAUCCUCGCCAACUUCAAGCCGCAGCUGAUGAUCGCCAUUGGCGGUGGCGGCUACGUGCCCGCGCGCAUUCUGCGUUCCUUCCUCAAGCAACCGGGCAGCCCCAACAUCCCGAUCCAGGCCAUCGGCCUGUCGUUGUACGAGCAGCUGGCCGACUCGACCGACAACGAUAUCGAGGCGGCGGGGACCCGCGUCACGCGCACGCAAUGGCUGGACUUGACUGCACUCGGCGAGAUGGCGAAUCUGGUCGGCAAGCGGGUGUUGAUUGUGGAUGAGGUUGAUGAUACUCGUACCACGCUGGAGUAUGCGGUCAAGGAGCUGCAGAAGGAUGUGGAGGAGGCCCGCGCCAAGAUUGGUAGCGACUUGAAGACGGAGUUUGCGAUCUUUGUCCUCCACAACAAGGACAAGAAGAAGAAGGGCAUCCUGCCUGACGAUAUCACGAACGGCCGUUACCUGGCCGCCCGCACCGUUGGCGACGAGUGGAUCUGCUACCCCUGGGAGGCCAUGGACAUCGACGAGCACGACGCCCUUAACGCUGCUGCGAAGUCUAACUAG